GGCACCUCCUGCUCCAGAGAGGAAGCCUCAUCCAGGGCCAGGAUGCGUCCCCGACAUCCAUGUGCUGCUUGGUUAAGCUAAUGCUGCAGGAGCCCUGGUCCCUUGGAAGGAAUCACGCCACCUGAUGGCAUGAGACUUCUGCCUUCCCGGGGUUGAGAGGGGCACGGCCAUGGCUUCUCUGGACGACCCAGGGGAAGUGAGGGAGGGCUUCCUCUGCCCUCUGUGCCUGAAGGACCUGCAGUCUUUCUACCAGCUUCAGUCACAUUAUGAAGAAGAGCACGCGGGGGAGGACCGAGACGUCAGAGGGCAAAUCAAAAGUUUCGUGCAGAAGGCCAAGAAAGCAAAGAACAAGUUGUUGAAACGAGAAGGGGACGAGCGAGCAGACUCGGGAACCCAAGGAUAUGAGUCGUUCAGCUAUGGAGGGGUCGAUCCCUACAUGUGGGAGCCCCAGGAGCUUGGUGCUGUGAGGAGCCAUCUUUCUGACUUCAAAAAACAUCGAGCUGCCAGAAUCGAUCACUACGUUGUUGAAGUCAAUAAAUUAAUAAUCAGGUUAGAGAAGCUCACCGCCUUCGACAGGAUGAACACGGAGUCGGCCAAGAUUCGAGCAAUAGAAAAGUCUGUGGUGCCUUGGGUCAAUGACCAGGAUGUCCCUUUCUGUCCAGACUGUGGGAGUAAGUUCAGCAUCCGGAACCGCCGUCACCACUGCCGCCUCUGCGGGUCGAUUAUGUGCAAGAAGUGCAUGGAGCUCAUCAGCCUUCCCUUUGCAAACAAGCUCACCAGUGCCAGCAAGGACUCCCUGAGCACCCACACCAGCCCCAGCCAGUCCCCCAACAGCGUCCACGGCUCGCGCCGGGGCAGCCUGAGCAGCCUGAGCAGCGUGAGCUCGGUGAUGGACGAGAAGGACGACGAGCGCAUCCGCUGCUGCAGGCACUGCAAGGACACGCUGCUCAAGAGGGAGCAGCAGAUGGACGAGAAGGAGCACACGCCCACUGUCGUGAAGCUCUACGAGAAAUUACGGCUCUGCAUGGAGAAGGUCGACCAGAAGGCCCCCGAGUACAUCAGGAUGGCGGCUUCACUAAACGCCGGGGAAACCACCUACAGCCUGGAACAUGCUAGUGACCUUCGAAUUGAAGUGCAAAAAGUAUAUGAGCUAAUAGAUGCCUUAAGUAAGAAGAUCUUGACCUUAGGCUUGAACCAGGACCCUCCCCCACACCCGAACACUUUGCGCCUGCAGAGGAUGAUCAGGUGCUCAGCCACGCUGUUUGUGCAGGAGAAGCUGCUGGGCUUGAUGUCACUGCCAACCAAAGAGCAGUUUGAGGAACUGAAGAAGAAGAGGAAGCAGGAAUUGGAGAGGAAGAGGGCCAUGGAGAGACAGGCGGCCCUGGAGUCGCAGCGACGGCUGGAGGGGAGGCAGAGUGGCCUGGCAUCCCGCGCGGCCAACGGGGACGUGGCAUCCCUCCGCAGAGGCCACGCCCCCUUGAGGAAGGCGGAGGGCUGGCUCCCGCUGUCGGAGGGCCAGGGACAGAGCGAGGACCCCGACCCGCUGCUGCAGCAGAUCCACAACAUCACGUCGUUCAUCAGGCAGGCCAAGGCCGCGGGCCGCGCCGACGAGGUGCGCACGCUGCAGGAGAACCUGCGGCAGCUGCAGGACGAGUACGACCAGCAGCAGACGGAGAAGGCCGUGGAGCUGUCGCGGAGGCAGGCCGAGGAGGAGGACCUGCAGCGCGAGCAGCUGCAGAUGCUCAGGGAGCGGGAGUGGGAGCGCGAGCGGGAGCAGGUCCAGGCCGCCGCGCUGCCCACGCGGACGCCCUUCCACCUGGAGGCCUCCCGGGGGCCGCGCACCCACCUUGCCCACGCCCUGGACCUGGGCUCCUUCCCCGUUCAGAGCGCCACCAUCCCCGACACCCCUUCCCCCGGCUUAGCUCGAGCUCCCGUCCACGCGGCCUCCGGGUCCCCGGCCCUGGGCCAGGACAUCCUCCCCCAGACCACUGUGUCACAGCCAAAUGACGUGCCUUCCCUGAACCCCUUCGACGAGGACGACCUCUCCAGCCCCACCCAAGAGGGCGCAGUCAGCCCCAGUGCUGCAGAGGCCCCCUCCCGCCCUUCCGCCCCUGUCCCCAAAGAGUACAACCCUUUUGAGGACGACGACGAGGAGCAGGAGGCCGAGCCCGGGAAUCCCUUCACUGGCCCCGACGGCGCGGCGCCCAACCCCUUCGAGGAGGAAGAGGACCGUCCCCACCCGAGGUCCGCAAGCCCCCCUGCCCCUGGCAACCCCUUUGAGGACAGCGACAGUGGCCCCGAGGCGGAGGCGCCCAUCGAGGAGGAGCUGCUGCUGCAGCAGAUCGACAACAUCAAGGCCUACAUCUUCGACGCCAAGCAGUGCGGCCGCCUGGACGAGGUGGAGGUGCUGACCCAGAACCUGCGCGAGCUCAAGUGCACCCUGGCCAAGCAGAAGGGCGGCCCUGACUGACGGGGGCGGGGCGGGGCCUGCUGGGCUGUGCACCACCAGUAACGCGGAGGGCCACGCUAGCAAAGCCAAGGUCACUCGCUGGCUUCCCCGCAUUUUUUUUUUUUAAUUGGGGGUUCCCCCUUUGGAAAGGGACUUCACAUUUUUACUACCGAGUUUUAAGUCACACUGCUGUCUGGGGCCAAUGCAGAAAUGGCUGCCGUGUCCCUCUGGGGUCCGUUCCCAGCUGCCCAGUCCCAGCCAUUGUGCAGUAUUGUGGGGUGGCCUUGUGCAGGGAGCCCCUUUAAUGAGUUCCGCAGCGUUGUACUUGGCUCCGGCAGAAGUGGCCCGGUUAGGCUCUGGGUUCCGUUUCACCUGUGGCUUCCUCCGUGCUGCUCAGAGCCUCCUACCUGUGUAACAGUCGAGGGGGACCCAGAGGGGCCAGCACCUCUUUUUAUGACAAGGGUUUAACCCGUUGUCUCCCACUGUCCUAUGUCCAGGACACCUAUAAAAACUGGAGCCGUUUUUAUGGGUGUUCUGCCUAUAAGACGAUGAUGCACAUGGGUUAAGGAAGCAAAGCUCCUCCCAGGGCUAGGGUGUCUGUGAACUUGACCGUGAGCGCUGUAGGAACCAGGAGCAGCUGGCUUUCUGAUGUUAGCAUUGUUGGGGACAAGAGCUUCUCCAGAUGUUGCUGUGAUGGCACCAUGAUCUGUGCCCAGGGACCUCCCUCCUGAGCUUUGGCCGGUGACUCUGAUCGGGGCUCAACGUAUGUCUCAGGAAUCAGAGGUCAGGAAGCUUCUGUGGAGCAUCAUCAGGAGAGAAGCUGCCCUAGGUCAAGGACAAACUGACUUUCAAGGCUGCUGCUCAGCCCUCCUCCUCUAGCUCACCCUCCCCGGGCACUGGUAGACGUCGUUUUACCAUUUUAGUAUUAAGACACUGCAAUGUUUGAAGAGACACAGCCCAGGAUCAUUCCACAAGUUGCCUCAGUCCUCAUCGAGGCCAGAAGAGGACACUGACCGACUGGUAUCAUGAUAACCCAGUGCCGGGCAGGGCCUCUGCAAUUCCACUUGUUAGUUCAUGAACAGUAACUGACCACUAGUCACUUUAUACCCUUUAACUAACUCUGGGUCAAGCGCCCGUGGGCUCCUGUGUCACAGCUGAAAUCCAUUUGUUGCACGCAGGUGAAGACCCCUCUAGACAAUGCAAGUACAGACUCCCGAGAGGCGUGAACCCGUGUCCCCUCUGCUCCUCUCUCUCUAGCACCUGCUGGGAUUUUGGGUCAUAAGAAAAACUCCCAUAGAGGGUUGUAGGAAUGAGGGGCAGUGGAGUGUGGAGGCCUCUGUGUCUUGGGCUUCUGCUCCCGAGGGCUGUAGGUGGGCUCCCAGGCUCUUCUGGGAAGUGUGCAGCUGGCAUCUAAGAUGUCGCCCACUGCAGGCCCCUUUUCUUCUCCAAGCCCUUGAUGCUGUCACUCUGGGGCUCUGGAGAUGGUCAGCAGACGCCUCCCUGUCAUUUCUAUCUGACUGAAGAGGAGGAGAUUCUGCACUGAGGGAAGCAAACUGCUGCUUCCUCUCAAGUUGCUUUUUAUUAGGAGAAUGUCUCUUAGCUGGUAAUUUCAAUGAAAACUGAUUCCCCAAAUCUCCUUCCCUGAGAUCCACCCCAGGUAACAAUAAAUAAGCAAGCGUAGUGAGAAACGCAGGUUUUUAAAAACUUUAGAAUAAAACCAACUCACGGAAUAUACUAAACCCAACUAAAAUCAGUCCUCGGGUCUCGCGAGAUUCUUCCACGCUCCUCUUCUUCCAGUGAGUUCUUCCAUGGCCAGGGUGUCCUGGAAACCAGACAGGACAGGAGCCAGAGCUCUCUGCCCCCUGGACAGAAUCACUUCCCAGAAUCCACUGGCAGAAGGAUGGAUUUCAGAGCGGGGCUGACAUCAGGAAGGCUGGCCCCGGAACUCUCAACUCCAGUGUCAAGUUCUUACCUCAUGUGACUGUCUGGCUGCCCUUCAGAGCACGCAGCUCCCUCUGGUCCAGGAACCUGCGGCACUGGCAGAUCUCCUAGCUUAGAUCACGGUCAGAGUGAAAGAGACUUCCGGGACUGAGGCAUCUAGUGAAGCUGGCUUCCCCUCACGCGCCUUGUCCCCGUUUCCCUGUCUAAUACACAAAGGACACUUGCUCGUUUCAUUUGCGACUCAAUGUAGCUUUGCCGUCCAGACACUAAAAUGUACCUCUGAGUCCUCGCAAGCCAUGCAGAAGGUUGGAUAUGGCCUAGUUAGUUGAUGGGACUGAAGUGGGAAGGUGGCCUCUUCAUCAGGUCACAGACUGGAGUAGCAGACUGUGCUGGUCAGCUGAUGAGGUAGUCGGAGGUGGUUUAUGUGCAUGUGCUACUCUGGGGCCUUGAAACCUUUUUUAAACAAUAAAAUAACAGCUAUUCAUGGUU